CCUUCUACUGCCACAGCACGACAGCAGUGUUCAGCUGACGUUUUGACAAUCGAUGGCAGUGAUCGGAAAUAGAGCCUUCCGGAAUAUAGCAAAAUCCCAAGAUUAUGUUUAUUUAAUCGUGUCUUCCUUUAAAUGAUCUCAGAAUAGAUCGUAUGAAAUGUCAGGGAGUAAUGUCGUGGCAUUAAGACCCGGGAGAACGCGUUUUAUACCCGCGAAUACAUCACUUGAGAUAUUCUCAGUUCGCAUACUAGAGGCAUAAUCAAUUGAAAUGGAUAUAAUAGACUUGGACGUCCUUGAAACAAGUUCUCGACCAAUAAAAAACUCCGGAGUAAGAUGCAACUGCAUAAGCUCAAACUCAGCAUGCUACAUAGCGGUGACAGUCGCCACUCUAGGAUUCCUCGGAGCAAUUGUCUUCAUUUGUAGAGAUUACAUUAAAGUCUUGUUGUACUGGAUUGAGCACCAGGACACAUGGGUGAUCACAGUCAUCGUCACAGCACUCUUUACAGUCGUCUCCUUUCCUAUAGUAAUUGGGUACUUAUUCCUCAUCAUUGCAAGUGGGUAUAUGUUUGGCAUUGUCAGGGGCAUUGCUAUGGUGGUCCUAGGGGCGAAUCUGGGAAUUGCCGUAGCACAUACCACACUUAGUGCUUUAUCUACCAAAUUACCUAUUGGAGCGCUUUUGAGGAGCGAAACUGCAAGAGCUAUUUUGAGGGUCAUAUCAGGACCGCAAGCUUUCAGGGUUGUUCUCUUCGCCAGACUCACGCCUAUACCCUUUGGACUACAGAAUACUAUUUUUGCUGUCAGUAAUAUUAGUGGCUUGAGAUAUCAUAUUGCAAGUGCAAUAGGUCUCCUCCCAGCACAGAUAAUCAAUGUUUACCUCGGGAGCAGUCUAAGAUCAAUGCAGGAUGUAUUAGAGGAUAAACAUACUGCCGCAACGGGAUACGUAGUCUUCUGCAUUCAGAUACUCGUUGCUGUUUCAUUGAUGGUAUAUGUAGUACAGAAAGCCCGUCGCGAGCUGCAUCUGGCCCUCUUGGAGGCAGAUCUCGCCUCUAUGACGGAUGAUUCUCAUUAUCUCCAUGACGGACUCCCAGAGUCCAAAGGAUCACUCGUGACACUCAUUGCGUAAUCCACAGUAUAAUUGCUGAACAAACAUUGAAGAUUGAUGUAGAUUCAUCGAGGCACGUGGAGGUACGUUCCGUCUUCGUUCAACACUCGUAAUCAUGAAUAAUUCCAGCAUGAAUUUUUUUGUGAACGAUAAGUCUGGCUAAAUUCAAUCAGUUCAACUGUGCCAAACGUAGUAAAUGAUCAUUUUGAUGGUGGAACAAAUUUUCUGCGUUACAUCGUUGACCUUCCGUUUAUACAAUUGUUGAGUUUCUGUAUAUUCAUAUAAUCCCUGUUGAUAUAUUUUUCAAUGGUUCAUGGUACCAAUUAUUUACAGGCCUAUUUUUUCCGUACUCAGAGUUUUCAUACAUUUUUUUUUAAUAAAUGAAACUACUGCUUUAAGCAGAAGAGAUAGACAAUACUCUUAGCAGAGAAUUGAAUGUAUUUCCUCCAAAGAAAAUAUCGAAGUUCGAUAGUUCAAUCUAGUGUUGGGAUAACCUUCGACAUUCAUACAAAUUAUGUUUAGAUUUCUCGUUAAACUAAUUUAAUCUCCUGGAGAAGUGGUAGUAAUUUAAUUUGAAAAUAGAAGUGAUAUACUGUGCACUUUUUUCGUCAAUAUGUGGUUCUGCACCUUGUGAGUGUGAAUAAUUAACAUCUGAAGAAGGAAAAAAGCACAAAAAAAAAUAAAAUUUGAAGAAAGCUUUCUAUGAAAGUGUCUUUAAAUUUGGUUUGGGCGGGGGCGAGGGUAAGAAUUAAGGAUGUAAGAAAUCUUGAAUCUCACUUCAAACUCAAUGAAGUUCAAAAUUUUUGUGCAACAGGGAAAUGAGAAUUCUCCAAUCUGCUUCAGUUCUGGAUGAGAAUAUGGAUAUUGAAUAUCCAAUUAUGCUCCAUUUUUAAUUAUUAAAAAUUACUAAAUAUAUUAAACUUUUCUUGAUUUCUGUCAAUUGUUAGGAAAUGGUUAAACUCAUUUCCAGUUUGUAUUUAUUUUUCUAUAAAAUUUUGAAGUACUAGCGAUGGAAAAGAAUGUUACAAAAUGUUGCAAUAGAAUGUUGCAAAAAGUUGAAAUUUCAUGGAAUAGUUAUUUUCAGGGGAGUGACAAUUAAUUGGAUUUGGGGGAGUAAGAAUCAUGAAAUAUGGAAUAAUUAAAAACCAGAGGAAUAGGAAAUUCGUUCUUUAUUCCGGAAUUUUUUAUAUGUACAUAGCGAAGUAUUUAGCGUGCUCUACUAAUCUUCAAUUUAAGAUAACAUAAUUCGCGCUCAGAACAAAAAUUUAAAAAAUUAUUUUUACACCAGUUGAUUGGAUAGAACAGCGACCGCGGCACCUGUAUAAGUCUUCCGAAUUCAGGAAAUUAAUGGUAAUCCAUUUUUGUCGGUCAAAAAAUUAAAGAGAGACAAAUUGACAAUUUAAUGCUCUGUAAAAUGAUUCAAUUACUACUGUAAAAAUUGUGUGGUUUUGUAUUCGAUACAAAUAUUGCGACUCGUGAAUUUCAGUCAUAUGUAUAUAACAUUAUUGUCGAGAGAUUAAUCGAUGAGAGAUAUCAGAUAGAAUUAAUCUCUAAUACUCUUAAUGAAACACUCGCGACAUUUCGGUACGCCAACAUUUAUUUUAAAAGUUACAAGUGAAUUACUCGACAAUAUACCUAAAUUCGAAUUUUGAAAUUGGUAUAAACAAUGGUAAAAUUUAAGGCAAAAAGAUCCCAGCAAUAAAAUCUGUAAUUAACUAAAAUGAAAA